UAAUACAGUGUCGAAUAAUAAGAAUAAAUGGAGCGAACAGAAUCGAGGGCGGAUGUGGUCAAGUACCGCAUUGUAUCUCCAAUGAAAACACGAAGCAUUAUGCCUCGAGACGUUGUUGAAUCCGGCGAAGAAGAUGUAAUCCCGCCAACGCAACUGAUAACUUCUAACACUCCGCACUUUAAUCCGCAUAAGUGUCUAAAGACUCCGCAAAGCGAAGAAUGUUCUAAAAGAGAAAGGCCAUCGCAAUUCGAACGUCAGAAGCGGAAGGGGUAUUCCCCUUGUAAAGCGAGUCCUCAAAAGGUUCCGAAAAAAUAUAACAGCGACUGUUUCGCCGAGUUAGCUAAUGCGUUCACUGAGGCAGACAACGAAAUUAUGAAGUUGAAAAACAAGAUUGACGCGUACGAGUAA